AUGGUUCAAAAAAGAUUCAAAGUGAUCAUUGUUGGGGGGAGCGUGGCUGGUCUCACACUGGCAAACCUGCUACAGAAUCUAGGUAUCGACUAUAUCGUUUUGGAGGCCUACAACGACGUUGCACCACAACUUGGAGCGAGUAUUGGCUUGUAUCCUCAUGGCUUGCGCAUCUUGGAUCAGGUCGGCUGCUAUGAGGAUAUUUCACGGCUGGCAUCACCAUUUAGUAAUAUCACGGCCAGAGAUGAGGAUGGCGAAAUGCUGUUUUCAUUUGAUAUCGGUAAACUGAUUGCAGAAAGACACGGCUAUGGUGUGCUCUUCCUCAGUCGUCAGCAACUGUUGCGAGUCCUAUUCAAACAUAUUCGGAACAAGUCGGCCGUACAUACCAACCAGCGCGUGGCGAAGAUCGAACAUACAAGUAGGGGAGUAAAGGUGUUCACCCAGUCUGGGUCCGUCUUCGAAGGCGACAUUGUUGUUGGUGCGGAUGGUGUCCACAGCAAAGUUCGCUCUGAGAUGUGGCGACUGGGUAACGAAGCAUCGCCGGGACGCUUUCCGGAGAAGAUUUGGCGCGAAAUGUCUACUGAGUAUAAGUGCGUAUUCGGCAUUUCCAAGUCACCGGGAGAUGUCGGGGCAACCAACGUCUGCUUUACACAUAAGAAGAAUCGCACUAUCGCAGUAAUGGCUGGGCAUGAGAACCGAUUAUUCUGGUUCCUUUUCAUCCGACUCGACAAGCCGCACUAUGGUACGGACCUUCCACGCUUCGAAAAAACAGCUGCGUUGGAGUAUGUCAGAGAAGAGGCUAGAGAUAUGAUCACCCCCAGUCUUUCAUUUGGUGAAAUUUUUGAGAAUUCUGAGACUUGGGAUGCUACGAUGGUGUCACACCAUGUUUUCAAAGAUUGGAGCUGGGGGCGAGUGUUUCUGUUGGGUGAUUCCGCACAGAAAUUCCAUAUACUGACCGGUCAAGGCGGCGAGUCAGCCAUAGAAUCUGCUGCUGUGUUUGCCGAUAACAUCGCAAUCAUGCUGCGCGAAUCAAAGGGCAGCCCCAACACUGACCAUAUUAGCCGCGCCUUUUCCAAAACGCAUGCGAUUCGAUAUGGACGUAUAAAGAGUCUGAUUGAUGCGACCAUAGCAAUUCAGCGACUUUUCGCAUGGGAAACGCCCGUUUAUAAGCUGGUCGACAAGUAUCUCAUCCGACACUUUGAUCCUCAUCCGGUUGUCAACGGGUUGAGCCAGCAGAUGGUGGGUGCUCAUCGGUCACAUCUUUUGCCAGUACCUGAGCGUCCCCAUGAAAUUCCUUACGACGAUGAGCUCGCAAUCCCAUCCCAAAAACGAACCAUUUCCAAAGCCGUCGCCAUCAUCGGUUAUCUUGGACUGGUAUGCUUUGCCGGUUAUACGCUAGGUGUAGUACCUAUGGCCGAUGGCACCAUGGAUGUAAUUGAGACAGCAAUCAAAGAAGGCGUGUACAAGGGUCAGGCACAGAAAAUGCUCAAUUUCGACCACGUACCCGUCCUUGGUUCCAACAUGAACACCCUGAUUGCAGCCUACUUCCCAGCCAUCGAAUCUUGGGACACAGGCUACCGACUACUCACACUAAAUCUUGCUCUUUCCGAAUUCGUCAUCAUUGCUAUAUGGCUAGUGGAGUCGCUCCGAGCGCGCAAUUAUCUAACGCCAGUCCGCUGGGCUAUUCUCUUCUUCACGCUCAGCAAAGUCUCGGCCAUUGCAAUCAUGGCACCCUUGUUUUUCCUGAUUGAAAAUCUUUGCACUGGAAACCCGCAAACUUGGUGGCCGUCGGCACUUUAUUCUCGAUCUACCCAGGCAAACACACUGCUACCAGCUCUCAUUCUUGGGAUGCUCGUACCAACUUUGCUUAUGUUCUUCCCGUUCCAGGAAAGCAAUACACGACAGAUGAUGGCCAUAGCUUGGAUGUUCUCUCCAAUCUAUGUGUACGUGCUUCAAAGCGUAUUGGGUUGCAUCGCCAAUCUGGUUUCUGUGAAAGGUUCUGGAGGUUGGAGCAAAUCUAAAAAGUCUGAGGGAUGGUUGUUUCUCGCCUCACUGGUUAUCAGUAUCUGCGCGCAUUUUUAUACUGUUGCUCAGUCCCUCACAUCAGAUGAUCCUCAGGCUGCUUUGUCACGCAUCUUUGUUCCACGACCAGACAACGGCAUCUCAUCAUACCAAGGCCAUCAUAACAUGUUUUUGUGGGACUACUAUAUUCUCAUGGCGUCUGGGGUGCUCUGGUGUUUUAUCACUGCCCGCAAUAUGGAAAGAGCAAAAAUUAUCAAAGCUCAGUGGACUAUGCUUACAAUAGCGUUUGCAGUUGGUAUCAUCACUAUUGGCCCCGCCGCAUCUAUUUCUGCCUUUUGCCUUUGGCGGGUAAGUAAAAUCGCUUAA